UAUGACUCGGCUUUCCAUCCUGACACGGGCGAGAAGAUGCUCCUCGUGGGACGCAUGUCCGCCCAGGUCCCCAUGAACAUGACCAUCACUGGUUGCAUGUUGACCUUCUACAGGACCACGCCGGCCGUGCUGUUCUGGCAGUGGGUCAACCAGUCCUUCAACGCCAUUGUCAACUACACCAACCGCAGCGGGGAUGCACCCAUCACCCCCACCCAGUUGGGGACAGCCUAUGUGAGCGCGACCACAGGGGCAGUUGUCACAGCGCUGGGGCUCAAAUCUCUCACCAAGCACUUGCCAGCCAUCAUCGGCCGGUACGUGCCUUUCGCAGCCGUGGCUGCUGCCAACUGCAUCAACAUCCCACUGAUGAGGCAGAGAGAGCUCAAGCUGGGGAUCCCCGUCACAGACGAGAACGGGAACCGUCUGGGCGAGUCCACAGCUGCAGCGCAGAAGGCCAUUUUCCAGGUGGUGGUGUCCCGCAUCGGCAUGGCAGCCCCGGCCAUGGCCAUCCCGCCGGUGAUCAUGAACGCCCUGGAGAAGAGAGCUUUCCUGAAGCGGUACCCGUACCUGAACGCUCCUCUGCAGGUCGGCCUGGUGGGACUCUGCUUGGUGUUCGCAACCCCACUGUGCUGCGCGCUCUUCCCUCAGAAAAGCUCGAUGCCCGUGAGCCACCUGGAGCCUGAAGUUCAAGCUCGGAUCCGGGAGAAAGACCCACAGCUGGAGACCAUCUACUUCAACAAAGGGCUCUGA